GAUAUCCGUACAGUGUGUAUCGGCGCAUCAGCUGCAGGUAUCGCUUGGCAAAGUGAAGCCGCGUGUCGUCGAACUCCUCGUGCAGCAGGUUAAGAACGUCCAGUGCGAUGAGUCGCUUCGGUACACCGACAACAUCGCCUGGAAGAGGUUAAAGCGAUCGGAAAAAUGUUAGAAAGAUGAGGAUUCUUUGGUUUUGUCCUUCCACACACACACACACCUAACACGACAUCGAUGCAACGUUGCGGAAGAACCUGCACCUGGAAUACGGAAAGAAAUUGAUGAAAAGCCAUCGCACACUCUCUCGGGGCGUGCACCAGGCGAAGGUAUUCGAGCAGAUUUGGGUAGCCGGAUUUAAUUUUUUCGUAUAUUUUCUUCACGUGCAUCGUACUGCCGCCCGUUACGAAGAGCCCAUACACGCCAAUAUCUGUAAUAAGGAAUGGAUGGUUUUAAUGGAAGAUAUGAUCGAUUAUGCGCAGCAAUGGCGAAGUCGAAUGUCUCACGUUGUUCUAAGUAAUCAAUGCAUGCCAGUAGAGCUUGGUACUGUUGGCGCGUGAUCUUGUGGCUUCCGCUUACUUCUAAAACCGAAUUUCUUCUUCUUCCAAAAACAAAACCACUAAAAAGAGCAGAACAUUUAAAAUCUAUAGUCAUCCAAGACAUUUCGAACAAGCAAGCAAGCAACUAAGUACAUAGCUGUACAAAGCCAUAUGUUUGAGGCAACAAUUUAGAGGGCCAUCAUUUGGGGGUCUCCGUAAAGAAAUACAAACUGUAAGGUUCGUGUAGGGGGUUUGGCAUGAAGGUCUUUCAGAUUCAGAGAAUCUGCAAACGAAACCCACUGUUCUGUUUGCACUGUUUUGGCAUGACUUCAGUGGCUUGUGGAUACAUUGUCCACUGCAGGCUGACCGCGAAACGUUUGUUUACAGUUGAAGACCUGCUGUUUGGACCAUGGGGGCAAAGUCACGGUCAGCUAGGUUGCUGUGGGCCUCCGAACCUUUCGGGGCGCUUGGCCAAAUAUAUAAAACAGUGUGCCCGUCCCGGUGCAUGGCUUAAUUGGGGGAACGAUCGAGCAGUCGCUUGAUCUUGAAUUGGGUCUCCGUGGUGAAGCAAGUGAUGAGCAUAAUGUGUACGAUAGUUUCAGUCGUUUUGGCCUGUUCGCUUCUGCUGGUAUCGAUCGCUUUUAUAGGUGCCAGCAGCCGUGCAGACAGCCGGCCGUUUGGGGAGCAGACACAGAAGCGAGAAGCGAACAAUCGAGCUGGAGUAUGGGAACUCGUUUCGGCAGCCACCGUUGCACCGAAGGCUCCGGUCGACCUGAUGAUGCGAUUUGAUGCGUACAACAGGAAUGUGAAGCCGAUGGAAACCGAUGAAGAGGAUCCGCUCGAAGCGGAAAACAGCCACGUGGUGGUGCAAGUGUACUCGGUCGAUUCCGAUCAAGAGAUGGCGAACGAAUCUUCCGGCACGGGCAUUCGUACGCUAAAGGUGGAAAACUUUGCCACCCCGAAGGAGCACAUGGAUGGCAAAUCGACGGAUCGCGUUGAGCGGAAGGUACUUGCACCGGGUAAAAAAGUCCCGGUAGAGUCGGAUGAAAAGGAGGACCUGCUGUCGGAACAGUUCUUCGUCGAAGAAACGGAUCAGGAACCGAACACUCCCGGAAGACGACCGGGAUAUGGUAAUACUUUCGGAGAUAAGGGGCCAACCGGUAUGGAGAGUUUCGAUCAAGAGCAGGAACAAGUUCCAUCAAAGGUUCCUCCGUCAUCCUACGCCAAUCCGUCGCCACCGUUCUUCGACUACAACGAGCAGACGAGCCAGCGCAUGCUGGACGAAUUCUUCGCCCUGCGCAAUCAGGACACAUUGGCUUCCCGUCGAUCGAACUACGAUUGGGGCGAGGGACAGCUGAGAUCGAGAACGCUGGAGGAUAUAAAAAAUCAAAACCGCGCAUCGGCUGCAUCGCGAAGAAAGUCUCCCGUUCCCGAUUACCCGAAGGAAGAUGACAUGAGUUAUGACCGGUAUGCGGACUAUGCUGAAGCAGAACAGCGAGCGGUAGGCUACACAGCACAGAAGCUAGGCCGCAAACAGCGGGCGACACCUUCCACGGGCGGUCAGACACAUGUGCUCAACAAGGUCCCGAUCGUGGCGUACGAUGGUGACGGAUCGAUGGCACCGAUGUACAAACCGGACAGCUCACAACGUUCACAGUUUGAACGGUCGCGGUUCCACUAUGCGCUUCCCUCGAUGGUGUACAACCCGUACGCCUGGGAUCCGUACCACAUGAACAUGCUGCGGUUUCCACAGUGCAACGCGUGCCAGCAGAGUGCACGGGCCCUCUGCUCCAAGUGUGGACUGUGUGCCGAUUGCUGUGCCCACAGCAAAUGCACCUGCGGAUGUCUGAACGGUUGACGGUCCGGCACGGUGCCGGAGUCCGAUAGAAGAUAGAACCACAAUCACCCCACCGUUUAGACACAACAAAAUGACAUAAAUAAAGACGUGCCCCACCGCGAGCGUAGGAAAGAGUAAGAAAUGAUAAGAGUACGCACCACUUUCGCCGGUACUUGAAGUUGUCCUCUAGCCACUUCCAUAA